AUGAUGGAGAUGCUCUGCCACAAGCUGCCACGGGAGACACAUAGGUUUCGGGAUGUGCGAGAAAUUUGGGGCAAUCCGAUUGAAGCUCAAGAGACCUUCGAUGCCUUGCCAUCCUAUGAAGCCCGAGUGGAGUGGGCGCGUGAGAAACUGUGCCAGGAGACAGCUUGGUGUGACACACAUGGGGGCUACUGCUGCAUUCAGACUUCAGCACAAGUCCGAACAGGAGGGUUCCCAUGCAUCGAUUGGUCUGGCAUAGGAAAGAAGAAGUAUUUUGACGGCCCAAUGCUGUCAACAGCGUUUGCAUUCGGUGCCAAGGCUCGUACGGCCAGGUCCCCAUGCGUUUGUGUUGAAAAUGUGGAACAGUGCCCCGAGACAUUGGUCCACGAUGCCUUCGGUGACGAUUAUGAAUGGACUGUGAACACAGUUGUGGAUCCUUCGUGCGUGGGAUUCGAGCACAUCAGCCGGACCAGGACUGAUUUCAUGGCUGCUGUGCUUUGGGGGAGAUACAUGGUUGGCCGGAAUAUCAACGAAACGGAGGAGAUUCAAGAUGCCAGCUUCAUGCUGCAGUACAUUCAGCACUGCUGUCAACGAGACUUGCCAUUGCCAGAUGACGUAUUGCUGGCCACGCCGAAGGAGGUGGCCCUGGAUGCAUCGCACCUUGCAGCUUCCAGCCGGCAGGGCAAAAGAGUGUUCUCGGGCUGUGGAUCCGAUCACUCGAUCCUUCUGAGUUCAGAGCAGAAAAGGCUGCGGGUGUACCGCGACAUGUAUAUGGAGGCUCCGCAUCCCAAGCCGCCCAUCAGGGAGGUUGUGUGCCACUUGGGUGACAACCCGGAGGCUGGCUUUGUCAAUUGGUCCCUCAAGAGUGGCAAGUGGCCGACGCUGCGUCGGGCUGGGUCCUUGUACUAUGCUCUGGGUCUGAGAAGGCAUGUGACACUCCAGGAGAUGUACCUAGCCAUGGGCUUUCCCACUCAUGCGGUGGCUUGCCAGUGUAGUUACCUCUCGACAGAGAUGCCAACAGUGCAGCCAGGAUGUAGCUGGUUCGAUGCUCGUCGAGCUUUAGGAAACUCCAUGUGCGUCCCAAAUGUAGGCACCGUUGCAGCCGCCGGGCUUAUGUGCCUGCGUCGGAAGACGGUGCCGUUGCCUCUCAGCGAACUGCUCGCAAAGAUCGAUGGGCACACUGCCUGA